AGAUGUCCGGCUUGUUCGUCGCCACUGGAGGCUAGCCAUUGGGGCUUACUUGACCAUGGUCCUGGCCGGUACUAUGGCGUGCGCUACGUUCGCACUUUGACAGCGAAUGUGAAACCUUUCGACCUGGCAAAGAGGUCGUGGGGAGGUUUCGAGGAGCGCCCCACGACCGCCAAGUGUUAUCAUCAGGAGCGGACCGCUAUGAUCCUGUCUUUCCUGCUGGGCUCAAUCGGAGUAGAUCAAUUCUACGCCCAUCAUUGGCCUCUGGCCGUUUUCAAGCUACUCACUCUUGGUGGCGGCGGAAUCUGGUGGCUUGUUGAUGUUAUUCUUUGGAUGGUUGGUGGCGUUUAUGGAACUCCUGGCUGCCCUGGUGGGAGCAAACAUGGCUGGCAGUACUAG